AUGGUUAUGGUGGAUGUAGCACAGUCUUUGAACGUCGAAACAAUUCAAGAAGACAUUGCCAAGAAACUGGGAUGGCAAUUAACGGAGACAGACGUGAAUGAAAGGGCUGCUAGAUUGCUUGAUAGUUUGAAGAGACAGACGAGAAGAGUUCUGGUUAUAUUGGAUCAUGUUUGGGAAACAAUUAACUUGAAGGUCAUUGGCAUUCCUUUCGGUUUUGAAGAGAAGUUCGAUGAUGAUCAAAAGCGAUUGAAAAUAUUACUUAUUUCUAGAAGUAAAAAAGUGUUGGGAAAUUACACAGAUACUGAAAACAAUUUCUCUGUUGAAGCUUUGAGUCACCAAGAAGCAAGGAAUUUAUUUGACUCGAUAGUGGGCGACUUAACAUUGCCAGAUUUGGCAGUUGAGGUAGUUAAACGAUGUGCAGGUUUACCACUUACAGUUAAAGCAAUUGGAAAUGCACUCAAACAUAAUAGGAGCCUUUCUUUCUGCCAAAAGAUUUUGGAAGAUUUAAAGAAUUUCAAAGGAGUGGAUCGGAUUUUGAAGUUGAGUUAUGAAUUUUUGGAAAGUGAGGAUGUGAAAUCCUUGUUUCUGCUUUGUGCUGUAUGUACUAGUGCAGGUGAUAAAAUCUCAACAAAUUACUUGUUGAAAAUUGGAUUGGGGAUGGGUUUGUUUAGAGAUGUAUAUACAUUGAAAAGAGCUUCCUGUUUGUUGUUAGAUAGUGGAGUUGAUGACAAAUUCGUUAAAAUGAGCCACACGAUGCAUAGUGUAGCUGUGUCGAUUGCUGAGGAUGGCGGACAGGUUUAUGUUAGUAUUCCAGAAGGAGCUAACUCGAGAGAAGUACUGGAAAGUACAAUGUCCAAAGAAGAUUUAACCCAUUUGUCUGUAAUUAAUGGGGAUAUUAAUGAGCUUCCUGAAAGGUUGGACUGUCCAAACCUGAGGCUAGUUUUGCUGUUAAGGAAAGAUCAGGAUCAGGAUCAAGAUCGUUCUUUAGAAAUUCCGAACAACUUCUUUCAAGGGGUAAAAGAAUUACAAGUUCUAUAUCUGGGUGGCAUCAACAUACCAUCAGAAUCUUCUCUUCUUUCUUGCCUAAAGAAACUCCGGACAUUGUGUUUGAACAGAUGCUCGCUAACCGAUAUAGGAAUAAUCAGAAAGCUAAAGGAAUUGAUGAGUCUGAAGUUUUCGUUUUGUGAUUUUGAAGUGUUACCUACAGAAAUUGGAGAUUUGACCAAGUUAAAGUCGCUGGAUUUGAGUAAUUGUCCAAAAUUCCAACAAAUCACACCAAAUGUCAUAUCAAGGUUGACCCGAUUGGAAGAAUUAUAUAUGGCUAAUAGUUAUAAAUGGCGGAGUAAAGCUAUUCUUGCUGAGUUGAAGUAA